AUGAGCGACGACACUGUGUACGACUACAUUGUGAUUGGCGGCGGCAGCGGCGGUAUGGCCUCCGCCCGCCGCGCAGCGACCUACGGCGCCAAAGUGCUCGUCGUCGAGCGCGGCCGUCAGUACGACGGCAUGGGCCUCGGCGGCACGUGUGUGAACUUUGGCUGUGUGCCCAAGAAGAUCAUGUUCAACACAGCUGUGCACGUCGAGCAUUUCCACCGCCUGAAGGACUACAGCAUCAACGUGGCCGCGUCCGACGCGUUUGCCUUUGGCGACUUUGAUUGGGGCAACAUGAAGACCAAACGCGACGCUUACAUUGAGCGCUUGACCGGUAUCUACGAGCGGAACCUCGGCAAUGCCCACGUGGACCACGUCCAGGGCAUUGCCACGUGUGUGGCCAAGGACAAGGUGCAAGUGGCUGACCGCGUGUUCACGGGCAAGCACGUGCUCGUCGCGCCCGGUGGGGUCCCCCUGGUUCCCGACCUCCCUGGCAGUGAGCACGUGAUUGACAGCGACGGCUUCUUCCGCCUCGAGCAGCAGCCUCGCAAAGUAGCAGUCGUCGGUGCGGGGUACAUUGCCGUGGAGAUGGCCGGGAUCUUCAAUGUCCUGAAGAGCGACACGACGCUCUUUUGUCGCCAUGACCAAGUGUUGCGUCGCUUUGAGCCCAUUGUGCGUGACUUGGUGAACGAAGAGAUGGAGAAAGCAGGUGUGACGUUCGUGCGCAACAUGAGCGCCGUGCGUAUCGAGAAACAACCGAACGGCAAACUGACGUUUGUCGUGGCGGUUCGUGGCGAGGAACAACAGUUCUCGGACUUUGACACGAUUUUGUUCGCGGUCGGCCGCAAGCCACGCACCGAGGAUCUCGGCUUGCAAGACAUUGGCGUCAAGCUUGCGGAAGGAGGGUUCAUUGAAGUGGAUGCUCAGGAGAACACGUCCGUGCCAGGCGUGUACGCUAUCGGCGACGCGACUGUAACCGGCUGGGAGCUCACGCCGGUGGCUAUUGCUGCGGGACGUCGGCUGGCAGACCGCCUCUUUGGCGGUGAGAAGGACGCGUGCCUCAACUACCACCAGAUCCCGUCGGUGAUUUUUAGCCACCCGCCCAUUGGCACGAUCGGGUACACUGAGCCAGAGGCUGUGACCAAGUUUGGCGAGGAGAAUGUCAAGGUGUACACGAGCAAGUUUGUAAACUUGUUGCACGCGAUGGCGGAUCCGGAGCGCAAGGGCAAGACGGCGAUGAAGCUCGUGACUGUCGGCGAGCAGGAGACUGUCGUUGGUGUACAUGUGGCGGGCGAGGGCGCGGACGAAAUGAUUCAGGGUUUUGGUGUGGCGGUCAAGAUGAACGCCACCAAAGCAGACUUCGACAACAUUGUAGCGAUCCACCCUACGGCAUCCGAGGAGCUCGUUACCAUGGCACCAUGGGGCAUGAUCAAGGACAAGAUUGUGCUGCCGCCGAAACCGGUGCACCCUGCACCGAUGGCGGGGCCAUAG